UAUAAUAUAAAUAAAUCCAACUACUACUAGUAUAUUAUUAUAUCAUCAUCACAUGUCAUAUAUCAUACUAUACAUUAUUAUAUUAAUUACUGGUUCUUUUACUGCUGCUGCACUCUUCUCAAAUUUCUCAGUAUCUUUACCAAUUUCAGGUUUUGUUGUUUGGAACUGGGUAGAGCUUUCAUUUACCAGUUUAGCAUCCAAGUUUUGAAUUCAGUUCUCGUAAAUCCGUGUUUUACGGCUGUAUAAGCAUUUACAACUGAAUUGCGUUCUUUCUGAAGUGGGAGGUGAAGUGGUUUAAAUUCAAAUGGAGCAGUAUGAAGUUCUAGAACAGAUCGGCAAAGGUGCAUUUGGUUCUGCGCUACUUGUGCGGCACAAACAUGAAAAGAAAAAGUAUGUUCUCAAGAAGAUCCGUCUUGCUCGCCAAACUGACAGAACACGCAGAUCGGCUCACCAGGAGAUGGAACUUAUAUCUAAAGUUCGCAAUCCGUUUAUUGUGGAGUAUAAAGAUUCUUGGGUAGAAAAGGGUUGUUUUGUAUGUAUUAUCAUCGGCUAUUGUGAAGGAGGAGAUAUGGCUGAAGCUAUAAAAAAGGCCAAUAGUGUUAACUUUUCUGAAGAGAAACUCUGCAAGUGGCUCGUUCAGUUACUGAUGGCACUAGAUUACUUACAUGUAAAUCAUAUUCUUCAUCGUGAUGUUAAGUGUUCAAAUAUAUUCUUAACAAAAGAUCAAGAUAUACGUCUAGGUGACUUUGGUCUCGCUAAAAUGUUGACUUCUGAUGAUCUUGCUUCCUCAAUUGUUGGGACUCCAAGUUAUAUGUGCCCUGAGCUUCUUGCUGAUAUACCGUACGGCUCUAAGUCAGAUAUCUGGUCUUUAGGAUGCUGUGUUUAUGAAAUGGCCGCUCACAGGCCAGCUUUUAAAGCUUUUGAUAUAGAAGCAUUGAUUCACAAAAUAAACAAAUCUGUAGUAGCUCCACUGCCAACUAUGUACUCUAGUGCUUUCCGAGGGCUUGUCAGAAGUAUGCUGCGGAAAAAUCCAGAGCUAAGGCCAACUGCUGGAGAGUUACUAAAUCAUCCACAUCUUCAGCCUUACAUUUUGAAAAUUCACCAAAAACUAAAUAGCCCCAGAAGAAGUACUUUUCCGUUCCAAUGGUCCGAAUCAAACUAUGCAAGGAGAACUCGCUUUGUGGAACCAGAAUCUGUUUCUACACUUUCUGACCAAGACAGAUACUUGUCCCUAAACAAUCACAGGGCGUUGAAUCCUAGUAUUUCUGGUACCGAGCAAAGUUCUCAAUAUUCAACUCAAAGAGCUCAAGGAUUAUCCAAUUGUUCAGAAGAGAAGCUCUAUGACUUAUCUGCUGGCGGUGUACGUGAUUACUGCAAUACUAACAAAUCAAAAACGAUAAAGUCCUCAACUGGUGAGAGAACACCAAGAAUUAGAGUAGCUAAGGAUUCUGCUGGUGCCAGAAGACAGACAAUGGCACCACCUAAGAUAUUGGUUGCUGGUUCAAAGCGUGAAUCAAUUCCGGUACCUCGCGCACCAUCUGGUAAAUCUACCAUGCCAACUCGAAGAACAUCUCUUCCGCUGCCUACAAGAGGCAGGAACACAACAAACUUAUACACUGAUGCUAGUUAUGUGAAUUCUCCGGAUGUUUCUGUUGAUGCCCCACAAAUCGACAAGAUUGCAGAAUUUCCAAUGGCUUCGUAUGAGGAUCCAUUCUUCCAUGUUAUUCGCAGAUCAUCAUCACCAUCAGGAAAACACAUUUCUAACUCAGCAGGAAGUACUGAUUGCACGAUCACAAAAGACAAGUGUACAAUCCUUGUGGACAAAGUUACUGUCCCAGCUAGCAUCACUAAUGAGUGCUCGAACAAUGUUACAACUGGUGUUUCAAGCCACUCCUCAUCCGAGUCGCGUGAACAUCGGUUUGACACCUCGUCAUAUCAGCAACGCGCCGAGGCAUUGGAGGGGCUACUGGAGUUCAGUGCUAGGCUGCUACAACAACAUAGGUUUGAUGAGCUUGGGGUAUUGCUGAAGCCAUUUGGGCUCGAGAAGGUUUCCCCAAGGGAAACAGCUAUUUGGUUGGCCAAGAGCUUUAAACAAAACUCUUGAUCUAAAGUUUUCAAAUACACUUGCAUGGUCAUUGUCAUUGGAUAGUGUACAUUAAUAUCUUUGUAUAUUUGUUAUGAAAUGUGAAGAGUGUGGCUUUGAUUAUCUGCAUUGAAAUUUCGCAUGAGAUGUAACCAUGUUCUGGUAAUGACUAUGCUUUAUAUGGAAUAAUACCGCACAUCAAUUGUAUGA